GAGUAACAAAGCCCCCCCUCCCCCAUUCACUACCUUCUUUAUAAUUAUUAAUAUCCUAUAAAACUCAACCUUCCAUUUCCCACCUUCCCAAAACCCAUUACACAUUUCCUUCAUCUUCUUUCAACAAUCACAAUUUUGGUCCAAGAUUAUACGCAAAAUGGAAAGCAAGGUGGCAUAUGAGAAUAUUGAGCUCAACCUCAAGGCAACCGAGCUUAGAUUGGGGUUGCCGGGGACACAUGAUUCUCAAGAAGCAUCACUUUUUGGUGCAAGAAACAACAACAAGCGGCAGUUGUCCGACACAAGCAAGGAAUGUGGAUCAAAGGGUAGUGCUUCUGAUGCUCAACAUGCUGAUGAUCAUGAAACUCCCCCUCCCGCCAAGACGCAAAUAGUUGGGUGGCCGCCGGUCAGAUCCUACAGGAAAAACAACUUGCAGCCAAAGAAGAGUGAGGCUGAGGCAUCUGGGAUUUACGUGAAAGUAAGCAUGGAUGGAGCCCCUUACCUGAGAAAGAUUGACCUGAGGAUUUACAAAGGCUAUCCGGAACUCCUCAAGGCUUUGGAGAACAUAUUCAAAUUCACCAUAGGUGAGUAUUCAGAGAGGGAUGGCUACAAGGGUUCCGAAUAUGCACCAACUUACGAAGACAAAGAUGGUGACUGGAUGCUGGUUGGAGAUGUUCCAUGGGAUAUGUUCAUGACGUCCUGCAAAAGGCUGAGAAUCAUGAAAGGAUCAGAAGCAAGAGGCUUGGGAGGUGGUGUUUGAGAGAAGUCACAAGCCACAGCAACCCAAAAAGGAUUCAUCACUCUCAAUUAGAGCAAAUUAUCUCUCAGCUUGGGUUCUCGAGGAAGAAAUUUGGAUUUGAUUUUGGUCUCAAUUAGAUUCACAGUCUCUGGUGUUGGGCAGAAAGAUCAAUAGUGCAGUUACAGUUUAUUUCCUGGGAUUUGGCAGAAACAUCUGUACGUACGUGGUGGUUUGAGCUUGUGUUUUUGAUGCUAAUCUAUUGCUUCUACUGAUUCUAUCAAGCCCGAUCGAACUGCAUUGCACAGAAAUAUUUGCUUCGAAAGAAAAUGUAUAAGCGAAAUGACAUGUGUUUAAUUACUUCAGUUUGGUUUUUGUAUUGUUAAUAUGGACAUAAUCAUAUAAAGCUAUAUAUAUAUACCAAAUUAUAUGUUUAUACAAUUAAUGUAUUUUCCAUCUGAUUUUGUUCC